AUGUCACGUGGAGAAUCUUCCUCAAACUCUUGUAAUGCACCAUGGCGAUGGACAUACCAUAUUUUCUUGAGUUUUAGAGGAGCAGACACACGUUUAGAUUUCAUAGAUCAUUUAUAUGCUGCGUUGGUGAGAAAGGGAAUCAUAACUUUUAGAGACGAUAAGCAGCUUGAGAAAGGUGAUGUGAUUUCUCAAGAACUCCUUAGAGCAAUCGAGGAGUCACUCGGUGCCAUUGUUAUUCUCUCCAAGAACUAUGCUUCUUCUUCUUGGUGUUUGGAUGAGCUCCAAACAAUUAUUGAAUCAAAAAGAGUGUUGAACAGCGAGGUUUUUCCAGUCUUCUAUGAUGUCACUCCCUAUGACGUUAUGCACCAGACAAGGAGUUUUGCUGAGGCUUUCAAGAAACAUGAAAUAAGAUACGAGAAAGACAAGGGAAAGGUGCAAAAAUGGAGAGAUGCCUUGAAGGAAGUUGCCAACAUUUCUGAGAGGAAAUUCAAGAAUCGGAAUCAAACAGAGCUCAUUGAAAAUAUUGUUGAAUCGGUAUGGACAAAACUACGUCCUAAAAUGCCAUCUUUCAAUGAUGGGCUAGUUGGCAUUGACUCAAGAGUUAGAAAAUUGGAUUCACUUUUAAGGACAAAAUUGGAGGAUGUUCUCUUUAUCGGAAUAUGGGGGAUUGGUGGCAUUGGAAAGACAACAUUAGCAAGAGUUGUCUUUAAGAAAAUCCAGAGUCAAUUUGAGAUUAGUUGCUUUCUUGACAAUGUCAGAGAGAUUUCUGGAGAAACAGAUGGUAUGCUUCGCUUACAAAGAAAAAUUCUUUCUCAUUUGGAAAUAAAAGGCUUAGAAAUUAAAGAUUUGGACGAAGGUAAAAACACAAUCAGAAACCUUUUAUUCAAAAGGAAAGUUCUCCUUGUGGUUGAUGAUGCUAAUGACAUAAGCCAACUAGAGAAUUUAGCUGAGAGGCAUAAGUGGUUUGGCCCUGGGAGCAGAGUUAUAGUAACAACAAGAGAAAAAGAUGUAUUAAUAUCACAUGGAAUAGUUGAAAGUUAUGAAAUUGACUUCUUAAAUUCAGAAGAAUCCCUUCAACUCUUGAGUCAGAAAGCCUUCAAAAGAGAUCAACCUCGAGAGCAUUAUUUGGAGUUGUCAAAAGCUGUUGUUAACUAUGCUGGAGGCCUUCCUUUGGCCUUGAAUUUGUUGGGUUCAUUUCUUUGUGGAAGAAGUGAAUCCCAAUGGAAAGAAGUUGUGGGUAUGAUAAAUGAAGUCCCAGCCAAUCACAUUGUGAUGAAAUCACUUAGAAUAAGCUACAAUGGGUUGCCAAUACGUUACAAGGCUUUAUUUCUUGAUAUGGCAUGUUUCUUCAAAGACUGGGUAAAAGAGCUUGCGACACAAGCGCUAGAAAUUUGUGACCGGUAUCCACCAAUUGGAAUUGAACUUCUAAUCGAAAAGGCAUUGCUAAAUCAUGAUGGAUUUCGUUUGGGGAUGCAUGAUUUGCUUCAAGAAAUGGGAAGGGAAAUCGUUUUAGAAGAAUGUCACAUAGAUGCCAGCAAACGUAGUAGACUGUGGUCUCUAGAAGACAUUAAUCAUGUAUUAAAAUACAAUAAGGCAAAUGAAUCGAUUGAAGGUGUAGUAUUGAACUCACACAAGAGUCCGUACGAAGCAAUUUGGGAUCCCGAAGCAUUCUCAAGGAUUUAUAAUCUUAAAUUACUUAUCAUAAAUUUUCAUAUACGACUUCCUCGUGGCCUAAAAUGUCUUAGCAGGUCAUUGAAAUAUCUUCUGUGGACGGAGUAUUCUUUGGAAGCUCUGCCCCUUGGAUUGCAGCUAGAUGAACUUGUAGAGUUGAAAUUGUAUAACAGCAAAAUAAGAAAGAUUUGGAAUGAAAAUCAAUUUUUUGCAAAGCUGAAGUUCAUUGAUCUAAGCUUUUCUAAAGAUCUUAUUCACUCUCCAAUAGUUUCUGGGGCUCCAUGUCUUGAAAGAUUGCUUCUUAUAGGCUGUAUAAACCUUAUUGAGGUUCAUCAAUCUGUUGGACAGCACAAGAAGCUUGUUGUGUUGUACUUGAAAGGCUGCAUAAAUCUUCAAACCUUUCCAAGAAGAUUUGAAAUGGAUUCUUUGGAGGAAUUAAGUCUUUCAGGGUGCUCAAAGGUCAAAAAGCUCCCAGAGUUUGGAAAGAACAUGAAAUGCUUAUCGCUGCUUAAUUUGGAGAAUUGCAAAAAUCUUCUUUGCCUACCAAAUUCCAUUUGCAAUCUGAAAUCUCUUAGAAAACUCUAUAUAUCUGGCUGUUCAAAAUUUUCUAGGCUUCCUGAUGGAAUGAAUGAAAAUGAGUCUUUGGAGGAGCUUGAUGUGAGUGGCACAGCUGUAAGACAAAUCACUUUAUCCAAAGUUCGUUUAGAAAAUCUUAAAGAGCUCUCCUUUGGUGGAAGGAAAGUAGCACCCAACUCAGGGAAUUUACUUCUAUGGAUCACAAAGUUUAAGAGGCAACAAGAAACAACGGAGUUGAUAUUGCCACCUCUCUCCAGAUUUUUUGCCUUAACAUUCUUGGAUUUAAGUUACUGCAACCUUACUGAUAACUCAAUUGUUCAUGAUCUUGGUUCUUUACCAUUGUUGCAAGGCUUAGAUUUAAGUGGGAACUAUUUUGUUAACCCACCUGCUCAGUGCAUUACUAAUCUUUCUAUGUUGGAGACUUUGUCCUUCACUAAUUGCCUUAGACUUGAGUCGUUGCCUAUGCUUCCACCAAAUAUACAAGCCUUAUUUACAAAUAAUUGCCCUAAAAUGAAACCCUUAAAUUUGGAUGAACAAAUGCUAUGGAAGAUAUUUGAGUCGCAUUCAAAUAUGGAUCCGAUUGAAGGUCCAGAUCCUUGGUUCGUCAUACCAGGGAAUGAAAUUCCAUCAUGGUUUAACAAUCAAGAGUGGUUUUCAAUUGAUUCGUUUACAUCAAUUACAGUGGAUGUACCAAAUCACUAUCAGGCAAGUGAAUGGUGGGGCAUUGCGGUAUGCCUAGCAUUAGAACCUUUAAAUGUGGUGUCAUCUCCAUCUUAUGUGACGCCAAUUUCCACACAUAAUAAGGAAAUGUGCAUUUAUUAUUGGGUCUGCAAAGCUCCUGAUAGAGAACCUGAUCCUAAAUUUCCUAUAGCAUCCAAAUAUGGGCAUUUGGUUUAUGAAUUCAAUGAUCCUUACAUCCAUAUUAUAUUCUUGAGUGGUGAUCAUGUAUAUAUUCAACAUUAUCUAAGUGGCGAGCAAAACAACCUUCAAUUGAUAUUUUACGUGGAAAAUCUUUCUGAAUCAUGCAAGGCUACAAUAAAGAAAUGUGGGUGUCGUGUGAUAUGUAAGGAAGAUAUUGAAAAUUGGCACAACCACUCAUAUGAUCUUCACAUAUCAAGAUUAACAGAAACGGAAGACGAUGAGAGAUGCAGUCAUGUGCUGGAGCUGGAAGAACCUUCUUCAAAUACACAUCUUCUUCAAAGGACAGAACUACAGUGA